ACCAGAGUCGUGAGAGCGGGGCCAUGGAGCAGUACUUCUCGGCCACCCAGAAGAUGGAGCAGGAGGUGAUGUUCCCCAGCCUGCUCCGAGGGGUCUUCCCGCAGCAGGAGGGGGCGGCCCCGGACGAGAGCGGCCACACGGACCUCUACGAGCGCUACCAGCUCCUCAAGGCCAUCAAGCCCGUGGUGGAGAAAGGCCUGGCCUCUGUCAACGACCAGAGCCAGACCAGCACCGACACCGACGCGUCCUCGGACGACAGUGACACCAUGGACGCUCAGCUGGAGGAGCGCCUGUCCCACCACCUGGCCGGCUUGCAGCAGGUCCUCACCCACCUCACCAGGGACACCAACGCCCUCACCCGGAGGUACAGCCAGAUCCUGGAGCAGAUCAGCCCCAGCGAGGGGCAGCCCAGCUGGUGACCCUGCCCCGGCUGCCAGGAUGGGUGCUGGUGGCACGAAGGAGAGGACGUCCCCAUCGCUGACCAUCACGGGCUCUUCCCCAGCCCCGCUCGCCCUCCCCGCACCGCAGCAGCUGAUCUCCAAGUGCUGGGACUGCACGCCAGCGAUGGUUGCGACCACCCGAGAACCAGA